AUGAAAAAGCAAAAUGUCCGGACCAUUUCACUAAUCGUGUGCACCUUCACCUACCUUCUGAUCGGGGCUGCCGUCUUCGAUGCUCUGGAGUCCGAAACGGAGAAAAAACGCUGGAAGGCGCUUAGCGCGGUUGAAAAUGUUCUCAUCAAUCGGUACAACAUAUCGGCGGAAGACUUCAAGGUGAUCGAAACCGUAAUCAUGAAAUCGGAACCGCACAAGGCAGGCCAGCAGUGGAAAUUUUCCGGUGCAUUCUAUUACGCAACCACGGUUUUGACCACUAUCGGGUACGGCCAUUCGACACCGUCUACGGUUAGUGGGAAGAUCUUCACCAUGUGCUACGCAGCUAUCGGUAUCCCGCUGGGAUUGGUUAUGUUCCAGAGCAUCGGAGAAAGAGUAAACCGAUUGAGUAGCGUAAUCGUCCAUGCAGUCAAAACAUCCUUCAACUGUAAGAAAGCGAUAGCCUCGGAGGUGGAUUUAAUCCUGGUGGUUACCACGCUGAGUUCGCUGACGAUUGCUGGUGGUGCCGCGGCUUUCAGUAAAUUCGAAAACUGGUCUUAUUUUGACUCCGUCUAUUAUUGUUUCAUCACUCUGACCACCAUCGGAUUCGGAGAUAUGGUCGCCCUGCAGAAGGACAAUGCCUUGAACCAGAAACCGGAGUACGUAGCCUUCGCAUUGAUAUUCAUUCUUUUCGGCCUGGCAGUAGUUGCAGCGUCAUUGAAUUUACUGGUGCUCCGUUUCGUCACGAUGAACACCGAAGAUGAAAAGCGAGACGAGGCCCAAGCAAUUCAGGCAAUGCAAAUAGCUGUCAAACUAGAUGGUGACAUCAUAACGGGCAAUUCAAGUGACUCGGACCGUAAGUGCUAUGAACGAAUGUCAAUUUCCGGUCCCACCCGCAGCUUCACGGGCCUGCCGCGGAAGUACGAGGGACCGGACACCAGCAUCGGUUACAUCAUGGAUCCCAGCUACCGUUACCCGCUGGUGGACUGUGAAAUGGCCGAGCUGCGGUCGCCCGGCUUGAACUACAAUGCGUUCGAACUGGAGGAAACGGACGACGAAGCGCUGGCCAGUCCGUUGCGGUACGAUCUUCAGCCUAACCGAGGACGGGCGUCAGUUUAG